CGCGUUGUCCUUCCCAAUCACCAAGAGUGGCACUACUCUGCUGUUUUACGCGUUCCCAAAGUGUGGUUGUGUUUAUGAGUAGAACUCGCAAUGUUUGCUCGCGGGCACUUGAUAAACCGAACAACGAGCUCUCUUGUGACGUCACGAGAGAACCGGUUUCGUCAGCAGCCCGGCAUUCCUCUUGCAGAAGAAGGAGGGACGGGAAUAGGGUCACAUACAUUCGACCGACCCACUGAGCUCAGUCAGUCUCGAACAGGUGCUUCAGGAGCACCGACACUGCCGACAUGCUACGCUCCGCACACUGAUACUUGCUUGUGUUUUCCUCUGCAAACGGGAGUUACGCUAUCGUCUGCUAAGCAUACUUGUCCCUACUGGCGUCUUCGGCCGUGUGUCGUCUGCUCACGAUAGUUCUUCCCAGCCGCGUGUUUGUGCAUCACAUUUAGACGCGUCAGGAUUACAGGAGGCUUAACGGAUUCGGAUACUUCUGUUUCUGUACAGGAUGUCGGAGUUCGACAGAGUGAAACGUUCUCUCCUGAAGAACGGUGCCCUGUACGAAGACAACGAGUUUCCUGCGUCCCAGACAUCGGUUUUCUACCAUCAAACGCCUCCAUUUCAGUUCACGUGGGUCAGACCAAAGGACAUCUGCACUAACCCUGUCUUUGUGUCCGACGGUCCAUCUCAGUUCGACGUCUCUCCAGGAAAACUCGGUGAUCGAUGGUUUGUCUCGUGCCUGGGAAUCCUGACCACGUGUCGAGGUCUCUUUUACCGUGUAAUUCCCGCGGACCAGGGAUUCGGCCCGGAGGACUACGCUGGCAUCUUCCGCUUCCGAUUGUGGUGGUGCGGUGACUGGAAAGAGGUGGUCGUUGACGAUCGUCUGCCAACUGUCAACAACCGUCUCGUGUUCAUCCACUCUGCGCACGCCAACCAUUUCUGGGCCGCCCUGCUGGAAAAGGCAUACGCAAAGUUGUACGGAUCGUACGAAGCCCUCAAGUACGGCACCAGUCUGGACGGUCUAGCGGACCUCACGGGCGGGAUCACCGAAACGCUCAACAUCCGGGAAGACCCUGCAGCCGCCGCACGGACGCUGGCGCAACUGCUAGCGAGGACGACCCUCGUCACCGCAGUCGUACAACAGCAGACGCAGCAGUCCCGGACCUCACCGGAGAAGAUGGCCAACGGCAUUUGGUUGGGUACUAACUACCGGAUUCACGCUCUGGAGAAGGUGACGACUGCUGGAGGAGAACAGGUGCAGCUAGUGAAACUCAGAAACCCCGUGGGACUGGGAUCCGAUUACAUCGGCAGCUGGUCACGCGACUCCUUAGAGUGGGACAAAGUAGGACCCGACGAACAAGACAGGCUAAACUACAGAAACGCCGUUGAGGGAGAAUUCUGGAUGGCGUACCACGAUUUCAUGAAGACAUUCACGACGUUAGAAGUGGUGCAUCUUGACAGCGAAACAAGCAGGGACGAAGUGUCCCUUCGGGACAAGGAGCCCUGGCUGAUGAAGGCCUGGAAGAGUCACUGGCAGAGAGGAGUCACGGCAGGAGGUUGCAGGAACAACACAGACACGUUCCACAUCAACCCUCAGUUUCAGCUGAUCCUUUCGGACACGGAAGAAAUUGUUGUCUCCCUGUGUCAAGACGCAGUCAUUGAACCCAAAGUUAUGGGCUUCACGAUAUACCAGACAGAGAAGCCGCCCGCGGAAGCCGUCGGAAAAUCUUUCUUCAAAAAGAACAAGUCUUUGCUCAGCUCGCAGUACAGCAAUUUUAAACAGGUAUCCGUCCGUUGCGUUUUAGAACAAGGCGGCUACCUUCUUCUACCAACCACAUUCGACUUGGGUCAGGAAGCUGCUUUCUCUCUGCGCGUAUUCUCAGGAAAGCCAACCAAGUUGAAACUGAUCGACUCCACGCCGAGUGUAGUAAAGCCAGCCAUCAUGAAAGCACCCUCCUCUUUCGACAACAAGAUUACUUCGUACGAAGCGAUAUUUCUUCAGGUGGCGGACGAGCAUUCAUCCGUGAAUGCCUUUGAUCUGCAGGAGCUUCUAGAAGCCUGCCUUCCAAAUGACUACGUGAAAAGUUGUGCAACGCUGGAAGUAUGCCGGCAAGUUGUUAUGGCACUUGAUACGACAGGAGCGGGUAGGUUGAAGUUUGUGGACUACAGGAAUUUCAUGUGUAGUCUCAAGUACUGGCAGAACACGUUUAAGAAACACACCAAGGGUACAACGGGAAUCUUACGAGCAGAGAAGUUGAGGGACGCUCUUCUAGACACCGGUUUCCAGCUGAACGUGGAGAUCUUGUCUACGCUUAUGCUGAGGUAUAUGAGGAAAGAUGGAACCCUGAGAUUCGGAGAUUUCGUUUCAUGCAUACUACACCUCUCUGUGUCCUUCUUGACCUUCGAAAAGAAAGAUCCGCUUCAAAACGGUUCCAUCAAGCUGACCUUCUCAGAGUGGCUCAAAUUGUCUCUGCAAUGCUGACCGGCUUCGCAUCGUGGUCAUCAGCUGCACAGCACGCUUGAUCAUCUUGUUGUUUAUACGUCAUGUAAAUAGCUUAACACAGUAGUUUCCAGAAGACAGACAGCCGUAGCAUAGGAAUAUAUUACAGUGUAAGUGUACAUAGAAGACUCGGUUGACGUGCCAUGUUAAAUAGCAAUGAUGAAAAUCUUGAUACCGGUGUACAGCGGAGUUGAUUCACACAUCACUGAGUGUAAAAUAACAUUAAUUCAUCAGUGAACUUUACUACGACAGAAUGAGAAAUGAAUAAAGCCAAGUUUACUGCC